AUGCAGAACCUCAGUCUGCCGGUGCGCACGAGCGCCAGCCGUCGCAAUCAGGAGAGCAGGAGUUAUUUUACGAGCUACACGCCGCCGAGCUCAACAGAGGCCAUCAACGGGCCGGUCAGGGAGCCGACGAGGGAGCAGCCGCCGAUGAGCGAUCGGUUGAUUGUGGGCGUGGAUUUCGGCACAACGUUUUCAGGUGUCGCUGCUGUCUAUACAUCAACUCCAGACGAUGUUGAAAUCAUCAAGACGUGGCCGGGCGGCAACGGCAUCACCUCAGACAAGGUCCCGACGGAGAUUGCAUACAGCUUCCCGCCCAACGCCACCCCCGACACCGAGCCCACGGUAAAAUGGGGGUUCCAGUUCAAACCAGACGAGUCGCGGCUGCGGUGCAUCAAGCUGUUCCUCGAUCGCUCCCAGAAGCUUCCAUUCUACGUCAGUCCGCUCGACACGGCGGCACAACUGAAAAAGUUCAACAAGAACGUCAUGGACGCCGUCAGCGACUACCUUACCCAGAUCUACAAGCACACCAUGGACACCCUGACGCGGCGCUACGGAGAGUCCUUCAUGGCGUCGACAAAGGUUGAGUUCGUCCUGACGUGCCCGGCGGUCUGGAGCGAUGCGGCAAAGAACACGACGCUGCAGGCGGCUGAGCGGGCAGGCAUGGGCAGCCGCUCCGAGAUUCAGAUGAUUAGCGAGCCGGAGGCCGCGGCUAUGUAUACCCUCAAGGCGAUCCAGCCGAACCACCUGAAUGUUGGUGACAACUUCAUCGUGUGCGAUGCAGGCGGUGGAACUGUCGAUCUGAUUGCCUACAAAAUCAUAUCCCUGAAACCGCUACGGGUCGAAGAGUCUGCCGUGGGAACGGGCGGGCUGUGCGGAAGCGCCUUUCUAAACUACAGAUUCGAGGAGCAUGUUCGCACCAGGCUGGGCCAGGCCCGGUUCGACGAGAUGAAGACGAAAAAGGGCAAGACGUGGCAGAUGGGCCUGCGGUACUUUGAAGAAUUUGUCAAGCGCAACUUUAACGAGGACGAGCACCAGGAGAUUAAUGUCCCCUUCCCCGGUCUCCCGGAUGACGAAGAGGCGGGUCUCGACUCAGGAUUCAUGGUCAUGAGCGCAGAGCAGAUCAAGGACAUCUUUGAGCCAGUGGUCAAGGAAGUGUGCGAUCUGGUGCAGGGCCAGGUGCAGGGCCUCCGAGCCAAGGGCGGCAUCGUGUCGGGCAUCGUGCUAGUGGGCGGCUUCGGGCAGAGCGACUAUCUGUACCGGCGGCUCAAGGCGCACUUUUCGAGCGCGGCGCCGCCCCCGUACAGCGAGCGGCCGACACACGCCACCGCGAAUACGCCGCAGGACGUCGGGUCGAUCGAGGUGAUGCAGCCGGUGUAUGCAUGGACGGCCGUGGUGCGCGGCGCGGUGCUCCGGGGCUUGGAGGGCAACAUGGUCAUCUCGCGCAAGUCGAGGAUGCACUACGGCACGUCGUUUGCCACGGUGUACGACGAGGAGAAGCACUCAGUGAGCGAACGGUACUGGUCGCCGCUGUGGGAGCGGUGGAUGGUGUCUGACCGGAUGCAGUGGCACAUUGCCAAGGGCGAGUCGCUUUCUCCCCUAUCGCCCAUCGCCUUCCACUACACGCGCAACUUCCGGCCUGGCCAGUCGCUCAUCGUGACCGACGACCUGAUUGCGUGUGACGCCGACGAGCCGCCUGCGGCAUACACAAGGGACCUGAUCAACGUGUGCACGCUGACGACGGAUCUCAACGCCGUGCCAAGGAGCCUAUUCACCAGGCUGACGACGACGCGAGGGGUGGAAUUCGACAACCUCGACUUUACGCUGGAGAUGAUUGUGGACAGUGCGGGAUUGGGCUUUGAGCUCAAGGUGGACGGGGUGCGGUAUGGACGGGUGGAGGCCGAGUUUCACUGA